ACAGAGAGGUAGAGGUAGUGGUUAGCAGCAAAAUUUUAGCUGUUGAGCUCGGUAGAAGUCACCCAGGCAGCAGUUUGGUUCAGUUUAUGAAUCAGUUGACACCGGGCUUUCCAGCCGGUCGCAAACAAGUUAGUGCGCUAACCUCAACAGCACUAAACUCAAGCUCGAAUCUCGGAAAAAGCUCAGCCUCUUUUAACAUUCCAACACCAACUUCAGUGCGCUUCCUCAGCAGCACUAAAAACACAUCUGGAAGCCGGUUUGUGCCAACAGACCGAAACGCCUCCGGGCUUUUUUCGUUCAGUUUUAAGGCGAGACCCCGGGAAACACUGCGUUUAAUGUUGUACUGCGUGAACAAAGUGAUGAUUAAAACUCACAGUGCAGUGUAGUUUUAUUAUCAGAUAAGAAAACGUACUUCUCAAAUCAAGAAACAACUAAUAAAGGAAAUUGGGGAAAGUGUAACAUGGUCGUGAAGAGCAUCUGCUGCCUUGGUGCAGGAUACGUAGGAGGGCCAACUUGCAGUGUAAUCGCAUCAAAAUGCCCGGAGAUUAAAGUCACGGUUGCGGAUCUCAGCAAGGAGAGGAUCGCGAAGUGGAAUUCUGAUAAACUACCAAUCUAUGAGCCUGGUUUAGACGAAGUUGUUAAAGCAACAAGAGGAAAAAACUUAUUUUUUACAAAUGACUAUGAGACGGCCAUUCGAGAGGCUGACCUUAUCUUUAUUUCGGUCAAUACACCGACAAAGACAUUCGGCAAUGGCAAGGGACGUGCGGCUGACCUAAAAUACGUCGAAGGUGCCGCGAGGAUGAUCGCCAACGUGGCACAAAGUGACAAAAUAGUCGUUGAGAAGUCCACUGUGCCUGUACGUGCGGCUGAAAGCAUUGCGAAAGUCCUCAGCGCGAAUAACAAACCAGGUGUUAAAUAUCACAUCCUAUCCAAUCCUGAAUUCCUUGCUGAAGGUACAGCUAUCAAUGAUUUACUCUUCGCUGAUCGUGUGCUUAUUGGUGGUGAGGAUGCACAUGCAAUUGAGGAACUGUGCAAAAUUUACGAGCAUUGGAUUCCGAGGAAGAAUAUUCUCACGACGAAUACUUGGUCAUCAGAACUUUCAAAACUCGCUGCAAACGCGAUGUUAGCGCAAAGAGUGUCAAGCAUUAAUUCGUUAUCAGCGGUAUGCGAGGCAACGGGGGCGGACGUAUCGGAAGUGGCGCGUGCUGUCGGCUUGGACUCACGCAUCGGUUCCAAGUUUCUCCAGGCUUCAAUUGGUUUCGGCGGGAGCUGUUUCCAAAAGGAUAUCCUCAAUCUGGUUUACAUCUGCGAGUGCCUGAAUUUACCAGAGGUGGCUGCUUACUGGCAGCAGGUGAUUGAUAUGAACGAGUACCAGAAGUCGAGGUUUACUGCGCAUGUUGUCCGGGAGUUAUUCAAUACAGUGAGUGGGAAACAGAUUGCGCUGUUUGGAUUCGCUUUUAAGAAGAAUACAGGAGACACCAGGGAGAGUCCGGCGAUUUAUGUUGCUAAUACUUUGCUUGUGGAAGGUGCAACAUUAAAUAUUUAUGACCCAAAGGUGGAAGAAUCGCAGAUUUUCAAUGAUCUCACACAUCCUACAAUUUGUGAAUCGCCAGAAAGUGUAAGAAAAUCCGUGAAAAUUUGUCAUAAUGCUCUGGAAGCUGCAAAAGGUUGUCAUGCAAUUGUUGUUUGCACCGAAUGGGAUGAAUUUAUUACAUUAAAUUAUGAAGAUAUCUACAGUAAUAUGAUGAAACCAGCUUAUAUUUUCGACGGUCGCAAGAUUUUGGACCACGACCGCCUUCUAGAAAUUGGUUUCCACGUGACUACAAUUGGUAAACGCCUUCCGAUUCCAAAUGCGCAUCGGAUGAAUGGCAAAACUCUUGAUUGAUUGAUACAUUUUAUACAAUUUACACAAACAUAUUUGAUUCCAGUAUUCUAUACAUUGUGGCAUUUUAUUUUAUCUUACGCACUAAGAUUUAUCAAACAUUUUAUUUAAUAUAAUAUGAUUUUAACGUACUUGUAUUUAUCUGAAAUAAAUCAUUUAUUAUAAUAA